AUGCAAUUCCUCGUCCUCGCCCUUGCAUCGCUUGCAGCCGCAGCACCAUCAAUCAAGCUCCGCGCUCCUUCCGAUGUCUGCCCAGCUCUCGACACCCCGUUGUGCUGUCAGGCCGACGUUCUCGGUGUCCUUGACUUGACUUGCGAGGCUCCAAGCGACGACACUUCGGUCUCAAACUUCGAGGCCGCCUGUGCGACCACUGGCUUGACUGCUCGGUGCUGCACGCUUCCUUUGCUCGGUGAAGCGCUUCUUUGCACAACACCCUAA